AGACAUUGUUUAUCAAUUCCUUCGAUAAGAACGUGCUUACUCUCACAAUGAAAACCUUAAAAACAUUUAAUAUCGAGAAAAACAUUUAAAACCAUCUUUUAACCGGUUAAACUUUAUUAAAGUAAAUCAACCUCACGUUAAAAGAACCCCUUAACUUUUAGUGCGCGUUAUCUCUCCAAAUAAUCCAAAUUUGUCAUCCAGUUAAACAUAACAAAUAAACUCCCGUUUAUCCGAAAUAAGUCUAAAUAAAUUAGUGUAACGUAACAUCAAAUUAUUUUUUAAUCAUGUAAAAAUCGUUCGAUUAUGCGAAAUAUUUUCGUCAUGGCGUGAAUAAGUAUUGAGGGAUUUUAAUGAUACUUUUGAUUAAUUAAUCGUUAAUUAUAAUAGAAAUGGAGGCCGUUUUAGAACGUCCAAAGUCAAAACAGAAAAAGAAACGUCAAAUUGAAAGUAAAGUGGCGGGGGAAAGUAGCGGGAGUUUUGAAAAUAACGAAGAAAUCGAAAAUGAGAAAAGUGAUGAAAUUAAUAAAAAUGAGAACAAAGAAACAAAGGAGGAAUUAUCGGUCGAAAAUAGCGAUAUGGAUUUAUCGAUUGGUGAUAAAGAAUUAAAAAUUGAUAAGCCAAAGGAAGUAGGAACAAUAAAUUUCGAGAGGAUAAUGCAAAAAAAUCGGCAAAUAAUGCAAACUAUCGAGCAUAUAAACAGUUUUUGUACUGAAAAAACUUUAAAUCAAACCCCGGCUAUUCGUUGUACGAAUGAGAUUAAAUCUACGGAAGAAAUAAUUAGACCUUACACGGAAUCGCAACUUUCCGCUUUGUAUUCUAAUUCAGAACUCGAGAUGAUUGAGCAGUUUACUAAAAACUUCAUCGAACAUGAAUUAAGAGGAAAUAAUGUCCGUCAACACCCCUUACAUGAAUUACUAACUUUAUACGCUCAAUGCCGAAAUAAACACGCCUCAAAUAAUUUGGAAAUUGAACAAACCAAGCGAAAUUACAUCGAACUGCAAUCGCAAUUAUGGUCGAUGAAUUCUUCAGUUAUAAAAGGUCAAGGAGAGUGUCAAGAUGGGAUCGUUGUCCAAGCUACUCAUACUUAUAAUAAAGCUACGUUUCAUAGAAGUUGUUUUCAAAAUUUAUCGAGGGUUUUAAGUAAAAUUAGGCAGAUGAGUAAUGAAAUUCAUGUUUUAUAUUCUUAUUCGGCUGCUAUUUAUAAGUUACAGAUCGAAUUAUAUUUACAAACAUUAUCAAAUAAAUGCAUCAAACUUUCUGGUAUAACAAAACAAAAUCCAGUUUCGUUAACAUUAGAAGAAACUCCUCGACAUCUCUUAUCGGAUCUUCAAGAAUUACGAUUGUGCAUAUCAAUCCUAUUUAUAUUCCAAAGACAUUUAAUAAGAGACCCGGAAUUUAUUAAAGACACCCGAAGCUGGUUGAACGACUUAAUCGCAGUCCUUUUAAGAGUGGCUAAUUACCAAGAUCACAUUUUCAUUUUGAAUCAUAUUUUAAGAUGUCCCCCGGGCGUGGGGAGUUGGUCAACGCAAUUUAUUCAACUUCCGUUAAAACCGACGAAUUCUUCACCGUUUUCAAGCUACGAAAUAAAUCACAUCGUUACGGUUUUAUCGCUUUUAUUAAAACCCAUCGAAAAACGAGAUAAAUUCCUCGAAGAAUUAAUGCAAAGUAAAGACGCCCCAAUGGAAGCACUUUGGGUUAUGGUCGAUUCCGAUGGAGAGGAAGAUGAAGAGUCUUCGGGAAUGUCGCUACGUGAAAAUGAUUUAGUCGCAAUGUUCAAUCAAUUACCGUUGGAUAAUAUGUUUAGAAUGUUGUUGUGUGUUGUACGAACGGACGGGAACGAUUAUUUUGAUUCAUCCCAAUUAACGGAACAUCAUAUUUUAAGAUUUUUCGCUUUUUCUACGUUAUUACUAAAAGUGAUUCAAGAAGGAUUAUUUACUUACGAACAAUCUCGUUAUAAUCAAUUCGCUAAACGGUUAUGUAGAUUAAUUCGGCAUAUCGUUCAAUACGCCACCGAUAUCUGGGAAAUUUUCCAAACGGAAACCAAUUUACGCGAUGCAGCUAUGAUGAAACGCCUUCAAGUCGAAUACGACGCAUUCUUUUUACGCGCCACUUACUGUUUGUAUUCGUCAAAAAAAAUGGGAGCCUGGCAAUUUUUAGCUGUCGUACCGUACGAUUUAAUAUCGAGGCGAUGUUUGUGGAAGAUUUUUUAUUUUUUACAUGAUUCCGAUAGUUUGGCCCAAACGAUUCUAGAUCCGAUUGAUAACACCGAUUUUAGCGAGAAAUUGUGGGACUUUUCCGUUCGCGUUCAAUUUGAAGAGAAAUUAAAUAAUUUGGAGGAUUCCGAAUCGUAUUAUUUAUUAAAUACUUUUGCUAAUAUGGCUUUGUGUCGUAAUCAAAAGGAUGAUGUUGAUUUUAUUGAAGCUGCUACACACGAUUUAUUACAAAUUGGAUUUAUAAGUAAAACAACUCAAGAAACAUGUUCGAAAAAUACAAGAAUUUUAUUAACACACCUAACAUCAAAAACACCGACUCUACUUUCUUACAUUUUAAAAAUCGUUGAUCAUAACAUCUCAAAUAUAGGAGUUUACGCUUUAUAUUUAUACGAAGAACUUCCAAUUUCGAUUUGGUUACCAAACGAAGAUGAUAUUGAAAUAAUUGUACGGAUUUUAAAAACGAAUUCGUACGGAAGUGAAAGUAGCCGUUGGGCGAGAAUGAUCAUCGCCCGAUUAAAUUGGGACUUAAAUCCAUUUAUUCCAUAUAAAAUUCAUUGUAAAAUCGCUUUAUUAAUAGCGGAAUUGGUCGAAGAAGAUCCAACGUUUUCCCAAUGGUCUUGGGCGAUUCUGUUUAAGCUUCGAUUACACAUCACCGAUCGGGGAAUUUCUGAUUUUAGUAAAGUUCUUGAACCGGAACGUUAUGAUGUUUUACGUAGAGGAUUAAGGGAUCAAAAUAAAACGAUCCCCGCAUUUUUAUCGGUUUUGGUUACAACUUAUGGUCAUUUAAUUCCGGUUAUUUGUAAUAAAGGAUUAGAUCAACUAAUUUUUUUACUAAAUCAACAAAAAUACGAAGCCGUCUUAUUCGCUUUGAAUCUCAUUGUGCCGUUAUUUUUAAAUUGUCAGGAAUCCUUAGUAAACUGUGAUAAAUUUCAAACGAUUAUACUCGGAUUAUUAAACGCUGAUAAAGGAUAUCUCCACCUGGUUUCGAAAAACUUACAAAAUCCAAUUUUAGAGCAAUUCGGACAUAUGAUUGGAAAUCAAAUAUUAAAUUGUUCCGAAUACGAAGUUGAAUCGCCUAGAAUCGUAGUUAGGCUUUGGAUGAACUCGUUAGUUUCGGUUCCAAAUUGGAAUCGAGAUUUUGGUGUUAUGUAUCUUUUGGAUGUUAUUAUAAAAAUAAGUUUCUUUUACACCGAAGCUUUAGAAGUUUGUAAGAAUACGCUGAGGGAGUUGUUACAAUGCAGCACACCUCAAGAACAAUCAACAACGAUCACGUCAUUAUUUAAAUGGGUUUCAUCUUCAGCGAAUACUCCGGGAACUUUAUUAAUAAAUAGUUCUUUAUCGAAUUGUCCGUGGUUAGCUUACUUAAUGAUUGAUUUGGAAUUCGAAGAGCGCGAAAAAAUUACUGGGUUAUGGAAAGAAAUUUUAAUGCAAUUGGAGGCGCAAAAAGGAAAGGUUAAUGUUGAUGCAGCAAUUCGAAAGGCAGCGGGAAAUUUGAAAUUGCCAUCUUUUACUUCUGGAUCGUUAUGUUUUUAUCGAUGGGCGCAACAAGCUUUAGAUACAAGUGUUGAUCAUCCUUUAUUACCGUUAAUUUGGCAAAAAUUUUUUGGUUUAUACCUUGAUAGGAUCCCGUUAAAUGGGAACGUUCGAGUGGUUUGUUUAGGAAGCAAAUUUUUUGAGGGGGUCAUUAAUUUCCAAUUCCAAAAACGAUUAAAAAAACACCUACAAGAUUGCGUUAAUUAUUACAAGGAACAAGUUGAGGAAUGUUCGAUUAAUGACAAUGCUCAAAAAUUAUUUUUUGAGUCAUGUUAUGAAUUAUUUCGAGCUUACAGCUUGUGGUUGGAAGAACCAACACUUCAAGAUGAAAAUAUUUACCUUCCAAGACUUCCAACUCAAUGCAAACCACAAUUACUUGCUUUUAUUAUGCAAGGAAAUACGUCACCAUGGUUAGAAUAUUUAAACUACGACAAACUUAAAGAAGAACAAACCAAUUCAUUAAAAUCCUGGAGAUGUGCGAAUUAUCGUGAAAAAUCAAAAAUUAAUCUCCCCCAUCCAAACCCCGGGGGGCGCGUCGAAUCUGCAAAUCCACGUGAAAGAAUUUUAAAACGCCUCGAAUCAUACGACACCCCAAAAGAAGCCCCGGCAUUAAAAAUAUCGGCACCUUUAGUACCCACUUUGGAUUUAACAAACAAAACGACCAUGUUUAAAGGAUUAGAACAUGUUUUUGCGAACGUUUUACGAUUUUCCAGAGAGUUCAACUUGAAAGCUUCCGAAUACAAAGCUUUAGAUUGUAGUUAUUUGGAGUUAAUCCCCCAAGUUUAUAUGUCGGUUUUAUGUGUUAUUAAAAAGCAAGUUACUUGUAAUGGAAAUAAGAAUUCGCGAUGUUCUGGCCCUGCUGUAAUCACUUUGGAAAUUAAAGAAGCUCGAAUUAAUGAAAGAGUCCAACACCAAAUUGAAACGAACAGAAGUAAUUAUGAUGCUGUUUGCAAAAAUUUACUUCAAUUACCACCUCAAUCACUUUGUUUAUCUUCGGUUACUUUAAACCAAACUAUAAAAUUACUUCGAGUGAAGCUCCAAGAAGAUCCUUCAUCGUUAGAAAUGGGAGUUGAACUUUUUUAUCAUAUUUUAAGCUUGAUUAAUGAUGAAACGAACAGUUAUCUUCCAGCCAAACAAUUAUUUAGUCAAUGUGUUGAAGAUUUAGGAAGGUCUCACAUUUAUGGGAAAGAAUUUGAAACUCCCCGAUUAUUAAACAAGAUUUUAUCAAAUCCCGAAUUAAGCGGAUUACUAGCCCCGCAUUUUUCACCUCAAAAUUCAGGGACGGCGAAUUUUUUGCUUAUGUAUUCAACGAUUUGUCAAAAUAUUGAUCAAAAAUUUGAUAUAACUUUCGCGUUACUUUCCAAGUUUGAUAUACCUCAUUGGUUACAAUCGAAAGAUCCGAAACUUUCUCAACGUUCGAAUUUUAUUGAAAUGGUUGUAAAAGCUUUACAAAGUUUGGGUGAAAAUCCAAAAACGGAAUGUUUAACUUUAGAUGAUCUUUUAAGAAAGCAUUUGUUGUCUAUGCUUAAUCACGAAUUUCCGGAACAUUUCGGGGAAAUUUUAAUGGUUUUAUUGAAAUCGUCGAAUUGUAGUGUUGAUACCGGUUAUAUUUCGAUUAAAGUUUGGUUGGAUUUUAUAAAUUAUUUAGCGAAACCCGUCGAAAUCAAUUUAUCGAUCCCCUUAAAAGAUCAAAUAAGACAAUACGCACCCCAACAAAGAUUAUUGAGACACACCGAGCUUUUAGAAACGGCUACGUUGCUUUGUAAACAUUUCACAGAGGAACGAUUUCAAUAUGGUCUUUAUGGUUUGUACCCAAAAACGCGGUAUUACGUGGAAGUUUUUAUGGCGUUUCAUGGAAUGAUCGGGCACGCUUUGGUUAUAAGUACGUUAAAUCAACAUCCGGGGGUUUUAGGAGAUACUUUGUGCGAUAUUAUUUGGCCUUAUUUACGCGAUAUGUUCUCACCUUGGAUUUUACCUUAUUCGAUGCAAAAUAUGAAAGAAAACAUGGCUAAUUGGAUCAAGCAAUUAGCUGAUGAUCGCUCGAUUAUAUUACCAUGGAUUCCAUCGGAUUCCCCAUCGGCAAUGAAAAGCGUCCAUACAUUUUUUGAGUGCAUCAUGUUUGUUAUUGAAACUUUACCGGCUUGCGGAAAAAUUUUAAGUUUCGUUUGGCAUUGGUACUUUACGAAUUUUUGCCAUUCUUCCGUUAAAGAUCACGUUUUAAACGUUAUUCAUUCAUCGUUUUUAUUGUUGCCGUGGCAAAACUUUUGGCCAACAAUAAGCGACGUUGAAUUAAUGAUGAAAGUAUCCGAUCAAUACUUACCGGAUUGCCACAUUUUUUUGGGGCACAUUUUCGUGCAUGUUAAUUGGACAGCUUGGCUUACGAGCCUAAUGGAAUCAGCACCGAUUGCAGUCAAAAUAAGAACGUAUCAGUGCCUUUUAAAUCUCCUGGUUAAAAUGGCCAACGAACCAAACGUACACAAAAAUCACACCGAUAAAAUUAAAACUUUACUCAUCCAAGCCGAAGCUUUCGAUUGGACACUAAUCGAUCACACCAUGUAUCAAAACGUGCUCGAUUGGUACGUGAUGAGUUGCGAUUCCUUGGUUUUAUUCAAAAACGAUCCAAACGAUUUAGAUUUUAAAAUCUUACACUUUUUAUACAGCGUGGCUCAUUAUCAAAAAUCGAAUCAAUCACACGAUUCAUUCGCGAAACGUCACGUUUAUGUGCGAUCCUACGUGAAAACGAUCGCUUCGUUUGCCUCGAGAUAUAAAAUGUUAAUUCCCGCGAGAGAAGAUGAUUUAAAAGCUUUAAUCACCAAUCAAUUAAUGUAUUUCCAACGGUAUAGGAAUCAAGACGAGCUCAAUCAAUUAAUGAUCACCUUUAUGGAAAUUUUAAAUAUAAACGGGAUUAAUUCGAUUACAUUAAAAACUUUCGAAGAGUUUAUUAUGAAUAAAUCGAAAGAUGCCGUUUUUAUUAAUAGUGUUUUGCAUGGGGUUGGUUUGGGCGUUGUUGAUGUUGAGAAUUCGUCUCAAAUUUAUGAAGCUACGUUAGCAACUUAUUUUUUAAUAGAUGUUUCUGAAAGCAAACCUCUUUCUUGGUCUAACAUAACAAAAAUUAUAACGUUUAAUUUAAAUAAAUCGACCGAAUUAGAGCGAGUUUUAAUCCAAAAUGGGUGCAUCUUAACCUUGCACGCUUACAUUUUACAAAAAAUCGAAAAAGUUUUGGAUUACAAACAUUUACUCAGCGUCUCUUUGGAUUGGAUAAGUUCAAUUAAAAUGAGGGAAAAUUUAGAGCCAAAAAUCCCGUUGUUAUGGCACGAUAUCUUAACGAUGGCCGUUGAUUAUAGUGAAAUCGAUGAACCGUGUUGUCGCAGCCUUUUAUAUCGGUUCUCGCAAAUUCUAUUAACAGCGGCUGAAGAUAAGGAAGGUUCUAAAUGGGGGAGAAACAUUUUGGGGGCUAUUGGAAUUGUUAAACCCGCUGUUAGUGUUCAAUACAAAUUUUUAUGCCGAGCUUUAGCUGGAUAUAUUUUGGCCCAAUUACCCGAUAACAAAGGAAAUAACAUCCAAACGAUAAGAAAAUCGGCGAAUUCCCCCGGCACGGUUGGCCAACCCGGCGGAAAUAGCGAGUGUCCCAAAAUUUUAUUAAAAUUAGAUUUCGGGUACACCCAAGGCAAAAUUAAAGAGUGCGCGGAAUUAGCCUUAAAAGAAACUCAAAAUCCAAAUAAUUCCUUGCAUAACGUGUCUGUGUUUUUAAUAAAUCUAUUGAAUCAAUUUUAUAUUAAAUCGUAUUUGCGUGAUAUUGGAUAAAAAAAAUUAA